AUGUCUACAUAUCACCGACCUUUACCAGUCCAACAGAUAGGCUCGUUAGAGUUGGAUCAAGAUGAUGCGUCUACAGGAUAUCACGCCCCUAUGGAGCAGCUAUUCAUCAGCGACGAGGCGACUGAUGGGCUUUACGGCUCGCGAAACCCGCCUCGCAUCAAGAGAAAGCCGCUCCUACAUCUAAAGUCGACGUCGUCCACAGAUCCCGACGAAAAUAUGAUGAUGGAGCAUGCGAGCCAAACAUCUAGCCGAAAUCUUUUGAGAAAGGCGACUACUAUUUUGCCUACAAGUCAGUAUCACUGGAUACUUGAGGUUCUCGCAGUCUCACUCAGCAUUUCGGCCCUCGUCGCUAUUGCCAUCCUCCUCCCUCUCUAUAACGACAAACCCCUGGCAUCUUGGUCGUUUCGCUUUUCCUUCAAUACCGUGGUGUCAAUUCUUGGGGCCACAUCAAGAGCAACACUGGCAUUCGCUGUGAGCGCAUGCAUCAGUCAAGGAAAGUGGAACUGGUAUAGAAAACGAGAUGAUACAAUCAUGGUCUUCGAUCGUUUCGAAGAAGCUAGCCGUGGUCCUUGGGGAAGCGUCAGGCUCCUAUGGUGGUCGAAGCUAAGACACUGGAUUGCGCUCGGGGCAUUAUCGACAGUCAUUUUGGUGGGCUUCGAGCCAUUUUUACAGGCUAUAAUUGACUUCGAGGGCGAAGAAAUAUCUUUUUCAGAUCCUAUCGCCAAGGCAACGAUCGGAAAGACUGAUAGACUUGACAUCGGCUCUCAUAUCAGCAUCUCAGGAGCUGCAGUCGCACUGACGGUGCCCGACUUUCCAGGAGAAGCAAUCACUGGCAUCUCAAUGUUUUCCCAGUAUGACUUUGGUGCUCUCGCCGCAAUGUGGGCUGGUUUCUCGAGUCUCAAUUCCGCUGAAAGCCAGAAUGUGGCGUUCACUUGCCCCUCAGGCAACUGCACCUGGGCCCCUUACACAUCUUUAGCAACAUGCAGCUCAUGCAGCGACAUCUCAAAGAACAUUGUCAAAUCGACCGGCAGAGCCAACUUGAUGAAGGCUGAAGAUGAGAGUCUCACAAUGGUAAACUUCAUCUCGUCAGGUUCAAUACAUCUGAUACCCAACAUGACGGCUGGCUACAUCAAGUACGAGAUCCCGGCGCUCGGUAUGAACAUAUCAAACAUUGAUGGAGCGGCCGUAGCGGCCUUGAGGGAAGACAAUGAGACGAUUAUAAACACAGAAUUGACAGCAAAAGCAACAACCCAGCCAACAGAAACAAUCAGCUUCCGCGACAUGAAGUCCCUCAUAAUAUCCUUUGCAAUGAUGAAGUCCAGCAGCGACUUCAGGGAAAGCAAGCAGGCAUGGGACGACGCGACCAUCGUAGCACAUGAAUGCGCUCUGUACUUCUGUGCCAAUGUGUACCAAACCACGAUCAAGCAAGGUGCUCUAGAGGAGAAUAUUUUGGGUUCCUAUGUGAACAGGAACCUUGAUUCCUUUCUCUCCUUGAAUCCUCGUGAAUCUGAGCUCUCGAAGGCAUACAACGAGUACACGAAUUACACUUUGAACUACGACAAGUCAGACUUCAACCGAACCGACCUCCAACUGUUGAUUUCGCCGGAAGAGUAUCGUGCCGCCACCGGUCUAAACACAGAAAACAGCUUGCGAUUCAAUAUCUCACAAAAUGCGGCUGGAAGCAUCACUGGAGCAUUCGCGAAUCAAUUCGCCCGUCGGCCUAGCCCUCUGAGCAAGAAGCAGCUCGUAUACCCGCCGCUACGUCGAUCACCUCAGGUUCUACAACAACAGCCUAACGUAAUCACAAGCUUAGGGGCAUCCCAAAAUUUCACGGCAAUGUUUGAGGCAGCCGCAGCUGGUUUGACAAAGUACAUACGUGAUCUCUCUCUGGAAGAGGAGCCCUUGGAGGGCAAGACGCUGCAAUGGGUGGUUCAUAUCCGCGUACGUUGGGGGUUUCUGUCUCUUCCAAUGGCAGCAUUACUGGCCGGUUGUUUGUUCUGCCUGUUCUCCAUUAUCGAAACAAGACGGCUGGGACUGCCUGCCUGGAGAGGAAGUUCACUGGCAGGGCUAGCCCAUGGACUCGAUGCGGAAUCUCGGGAGAGGCUAAGAGCUGCGGAUGGUAUUUCGCAGAUGGACGCGCAUGCUGAUCGUGUUAAGGUCCGAUUUUUAGACUCGCCGAUGGGUCCGGAACUGAGACUGAGCGACACCAGAAACCAUUAG